GACAACUCUAAGCAAUGGAAUUUCAUCAACAUGUGUACCAACUUUACUAAAAUAGUCUCGAGAGUAUCGAUAUCUCGAUGUAAACAAACAUUCAGAAUAACUUUUGAAGCAAUCAUCAACUUUAAUAAUGACUGGAAAAACACUUCUAAGUUCUCUUUUGCAUUAUAAAUGUAGACAAAAGUUUUAUUCAACGACAAAAAUCAAAAGGUUUGUAGUACCUGAUGAAUUAGUACCUUGGGAAGUGGAGUUUCCUGGAUAUGAUCCAGCUUAUUACACUGCUACUGAUGGAAAACCUUGGGCAGAUAAAAAUAUCGGUGAUGUAGGAUUCCAGCCUAAAUGGAAUGCUCAAGAUGGUGAUAUAAAUCGACAAAGUUUGACAAAAACCUAUCGAAUCACUCAGGAUGGUUAUCCUUUGAAUCCUAUAGGCCGGACUGGUAUCAAAGGACGAGGUUUAUUAGGUCGUUGGGGACCUAAUCAUGCAGCAGAUCCCAUAGUAACUCGCUGGAAGCGUGAAAAUAAUGGAGACAAAGAAAUAAAAAUGGAUCCUACGACUCAGAAACCAGUACUCCAAUUUAUAGGAAUCCAGAGAAGAGAUACGAGAGAGUGGGCAAUUCCGGGAGGCAUGGUUGAAGGAAAUGAAGUGAUUUCAUCAACAUUGAAGCGCGAGUUUAUGGAGGAAGCAUUAAAUUUAUUGGAAAAACAAGAUAAAAAUCCAGAAGAAGUUAAAGGAUUUAAAAAAGAAGUUGAUAAAUUGUUUGAAAAAGGAGAAAAAAUAUUUCAAGGCUACGUUGAUGAUCCUAGAAAUACAGAUAAUUCAUGGAUGGAAACGAGAGUAUUUAAUUUCCAUGAUAAUGAUGGAAGUUUAUUGGAUAAAAUAACUCUUGAAGCUGGAGAUGAUGCUGCUGAUGUUAGAUGGAUGGACAUUGAUAAUAAAUUGAAUUUAUACGCAAGUCAUAGCAAAUUUCUGCAGUUAGUUGCACAAAAACAUGAUGCUCAUUGGUAGAUAGUCAUUAUAAAAUAAUUUUAAUUUAUUAUUAAUUAUAAAAUAGUGGAAGAAAUAUUUGUAUAUUUUUAAUAAAAUUCAAAUUUCCCGCA